AUCGCCUGCAUUGAACGGAACGGAAAGUGACUGGCUUGCUUGUUUGAUAUUUUUUUUAUUUGUUUCAUCCUAAUAUUUGGAGAAAACCGCAGUUUAUUUACCAUUUCUUGUGCCAUUCACUACCUUCAUAUGAAGAUGGAGAACUCUGAAGAGAUUUUCCUGUUCCUAGAGGAGUUUUCAAAACGUAAGCCUAAAACCAUUCCUCAAGAACUCAACGAAUACUUGGCGUAUGUAGCUCGUACCGGAGACCCCGUCUAUCAGUGGCCGCUUGUUAAAAGUUUAUUCAAAGAAAAACUCUUGAACGUAAUCACUGAUUUCUACGAAACAACGCCAGGUAUAGAUAUCCCUCCAUAUCCAAAUGUAGAUCCUUUUAAUUACGAUACAAUGAAAAACAGUCUUCUGGAACGCCUAGAUUCAUUCACCUCGGCACCAUUUACGGUUCAAAGAAUUUGUGAACUUCUCACUUACCCUCGCAAGCAAUACAAUAGAGUUGACAAGUUUAUGAGAGCUAUCGAGAAAAAUAUUCUAGUAGUAAGUACAAGGGAACCAGGAUCACAACGCCACAUAGAGGCAGAAAAUGGUGAGGCUAUGGAACCUAUUGUAAAUGGAUCAGACAAUAAUUCUGAAUACAAUGUGGAUGUUGAGAUGGAAGAUAUGGCGUGGAAAGAGAAUACGGAACAACAGAAGCAACAUGACCCAGAACCACAACCUGGCUCAUCUGAUUCUCAUAUAACAGUACAUGAUAUUGAAGAGAGACUGAUGGCUAAAGAAACUCCUAUGGAUGGGCAAGAGAAAGUUAAUACUCAAUAUGAGUCUGUUACACCACCAGAACUUAGUUCAAGCCAGGACACAGCAACUGAGGAAUUGAAAGAUACUUCCAGUGUUACAGAAGAUAAUCCAUGUGUACCAACAAUUGAAAGUUCCUCAAUAAAUGAAACUGCUGAUAUUCAGAAAACCAGCGAGAAACCAAAAGCUGAUAUAGAAAUGAAAGCAGAGGAAGGAUUAUCACCACCAGCUGGACUGGUCAUACCUGAAAUUCAAAUCAAUAAUGUUGAGAUGACUGAACAAGAACUAAAUGAGCAGACAGAAAGCAUUGACAUUAAAGUUGCUGAUGAGAAGGAAAAGCCAGUUGAAGGUGAAAUGAAUUCUGAAAGUAAGUCAAAUGAAAAUUUGGUACCCUCUAACAUUGAUGAAAGUAGUUCAGACUCAAAUAAAGAAGAAACAGAGCCAAAAUUGAUAUCUGAAGUGUCAACAUCUAGUGAAGAGAGUUCUUCUUCUAGUGACAUAACUGAUGGUAACAGCAAUUCUCCUAAGACUGAAGAUACUCCUUUAGAGAUCCAAGAAGAGUCUAAUCAAUCUGAUGCUCCUGCAGAAAGUAGUGAUAAUGAUACUGCAGUGAUCACACCGGCCACAGAAGAAAAUGAUGAAACACCUUCUAAAGCAACAAUUCAGUCUGAUAAUUAUUCUAUAUCUGAUGUGAAUUCAGAAUUACCACAGCCUCCUGAAGAAAUUAAAGUUAUAGAGAAAAGUGAUGAACCUCCUGAAACUCCCACAGAGAUUAAGGAAACUAAUGAGGAGGAGCCUGUUAAAGAUUCUAUAGAGCAAAAGGCUGAAAACGCUGAGACAGAUAAUUUGACUUCAUCGUAAGUGGAUAAUUUGUAGUUUUUUUUACUAAAUUUUCAUUAGAAAUUGACUACAAGAACAGUAAUAAUAAUAGCUUACAUACAGAAUUGACAAUCCUCUGAUUGUAUUCAGAUGUUUCACUGCCUUAGAUAAGGAAUCAAAUCAAUCAAAUAGGAAAAAUUGAAAUAGUGAAAAUUGUAAAUGGCAUUAUGUACAAAUGGCACAAUUGUGAACACAAAUGCCAUUGAUUGAAUAACUGCAAAUCAGUAGUAUGUGGUAUGUUCUACUACUUCUAUUAAUAAUAUGUUUAAUAAAGAGCAUUUUACAUUAGUGAUUAAAAAAAAUUAAAUUUUAUUGCUUA